CAUAUGUAAAUUUUUUCUAUUGUAAUCCUUUAAAAAAGAAUUUCAAGAAAACUUUAAACGACUACCAUUUGGGAUCAGUUUACGUCAAUUAAUUGAAAUGUGAUCGAAAGAUAGGCGGAUACCACUCACACAGAUACGGAGACACUAAAAUCGAAUCCGACGACAAUGAUGAAUAAAAUUCUCUAUGUAUUAGAUAGAGACGGUAGAAUGUCAAGUUGAGAGAACCUUAUGGAAGGCAGACACACAGUUGUAUACAAUUUUGUAGACUUGUAGCACUUAUGGGACAUUCCUUCCAAGCGUUCUUUGAACAUAGUUUUAUCAACAAUUCCGUUUAAAUGCAAUGUUCGAAUCAAUAUGAAACGUAACUGUUUUCAUUUAAUAUCGCGUUCGCGUUAAAUUCUCUUAAUAAAUUAGUGUUAAAAGUUAAUUUGGAAGAAUUUUCAGAAUACAUUUUGAAAUUGUUUAUUGAAGAGUUUUUGGAACAUGACUGAUUCGUUUUCAACCAAUUUCCCACCACAAACAUAUUCAUCAUCAUACUUUUUAAAUUUAACGGAGGAUGAAAAGAAACAGCAUGCGACGAAGAGAAAGUUAAAAUUUUCAAAAGGCGAACCUUCUUUAUUGGAUUGUUUCAUAAGAACGCCUCAUGAAGAUAUUGACGUCGUGGAUUUGCUAAAAACUACGCAAAACACGAAAAGUGAUUCGGCGAAAACCGCUUUUAAAUUGUGGAAGAAAAAUCAAUGCAGCAACAAUAACAACAAAAAAGGAUCUAGUCAUAACAAUAGCAAAAAAUUGGAUGAAGAAAUGUCGAUGUUACAAUUUUUGGCAAUCAACGCCUUAGAUUUAAGCGCACCCGCCAGUGAUGUCUUAUUAAAAUCGAGAAAUAGCAGUUGGUUCCAACUAAGCGGUCAUCCGGAUAGUUUAGCCCCAGCGGGACCUGGAACUGUUUGGAAAAAACGCAGCGGAGAUCCGAGUGACACAGAAAGAUACGUUUAUGAAGAAUUAAGCAAAGAUCCGAGCCUGAGGGAUAUAGCACCAAGAUAUUUCCGCGAAGUUGAAUAUAAAGGAGAGAGAUUUAUUGAGUUGCAAGAUUUAUUAAGCGGAUUUCAAGACCCUUAUGUAAUCGACAUAAAAAUGGGUACAAGAACAUUCUUAGAAUGUGAAGUUGAAAAAACCAACGCUCGCAACGAUUUAUAUAAAAAAAUGAUAGCAAUUGACCCAAAUGGUCCAUCCAAAGAAGAACACCAAUUAAAAGCAGUUACGAAAUUACGUUACAUGCAAUUUCGUGAGAAUCAAUCGUCAACGAGAAGUCACGGAUUUCGUAUUGACGCGAUGAAAUGUCGCGGAUCACCCCCAGUAACUAAUUUAAAGACUAUUAAAUCACCCGAAGAUAUUGCAAGGACGAUGGAUACGUUUCUUGGUGGCAAAAGUGAAGUGAAACGACGACUUUUAGAUCGAUUGAGAGAGAUUCGAAUGAAAAUUGAACAAUCAGAUUAUUUUAAACGUCACGAAGUUAUUGGUAGUAGUUUAUUUAUGAUUUAUGAUGAUCAUAAAAUCGGGGCUUGGUUAAUUGAUUUUGCGAAAACGAAUAAAUUGGAUGAAGGGAAAACGGUUGAUCAUAGAACACCGUGGAAACUUGGAAAUCGCGAAGAAGGAUUAUUAUAUGGAUUUGAUCACUUAAUAAAUAUUAUCGAAAAUGUUCAAUGCUUGGAAAAUAAGAACAAUGGAGCCAUGUCGAAACCUUUAACGGUUUCAGUUACUUCUUGAACUCGCUUAAUUAAGAAAAUUGUAUACAAAAAGAAUCCCUCUCCCUCUGUUGGAAGCAGAAAUGAGAAUUUGAUUAAAUUAACAACUUUUUUGAAGAAAGAAUUUUGAGUGUUUGGUCCGGAUCGAAGAUGUGCGCUUGAUUUUUUUUUAAAGACAAGAGUUUUGGUUUUUUUGACUGAUACGGAAAACAGUUUGAGCAUCCUAUCUAGUCAUUCCCCCCUGAUAAGUCUUAAUCUAGGUACUUAAGUAUUUAAUUAGAAUUAAGAAGCGUAUUAUUAAUAUUGUAUUUUUUGUAUAAUAAAACAUUUCAUUUUA